AUGACUGAUUUGGGAAAAAUGAGGUACUUUCUUGGUGUGGAAGUAACUCAAAAUGAUAAAGGAAUCUUUAUCACUCAACAGAAGUAUGCAAGAGAAAUACUGACAAGAUUUGGUAUGGAGCAAUGUAAUAUGGUAUGCAACCCUAUUGUCCCUGGUAACAAGCUGUCUAGAGAUGAAAGUCGAAAAAGUGUUGAUUCUACUAAUUUCAAACAAAUGGUAGGGUGCUUAAUGUAUCUGCUUGCUACAAGACCUGAUCUGACAUAUGUUGUUUGUCUCAUAGCAAGAUACAUGGAGAAACCAACAGAGCUUCACUUUGCUGCAGCAAAACGUAUUCUAAGAUAUCUCAAAGACUCACUGCAAUAUGGAAUAUUGUAUAAGAAAGGUGAAUUAAACUGUGAAUUAGAGGGUUGGUCUGAUUCUAAUUGUGCAGGAGAUUUGGAUGACAGGAAGAGUACAUCAGGGUAUGUGUAUAAGAUGGGUUCUAGAGCAAUUUCUUGGUCAUCUAAAAAAUAA